AUGACGAGGUCGGAGAGAGCACUCCGCCACUUCGGCAAUCAGAAUUACGAAAAGCUCAAAAAGCUGUGCGUCAAAAAGAAGCAACCUUUCGUCGAUACACUGUUCCCGCCCACUAAUCAGUCGUUAUUCCUUGAACAAGGGCGAAGUUCCGAUAUUGUAUGGAAGCGACCAGCGGAACUCCAUUCUGAUCCGCAUCUUUUCGUGGAAGGCGCGUCUCCGAACGAUGUUACCCAAGGUAUUCUGGGCAACUGCUGGUUUGUGUCGGCAUGCUCCGCCUUGACCCAUAAUCUGAAGUUACUGGCUCAAGUCAUUCCGGAUGCUGACUAUCAAGAAUGGUCACCGAAACACUCAUACGCUGGAAUAUUUCGUUUCCGGUUCUGGCGGUUCGGCAAAUGGGUCGAAGUUGUGAUUGAUGACUUGCUGCCUACAAGGUGAUUGAUAAAUCUAAAUCCGACAGACAUUGUGAGUAUUGUGGUUUUUUUGUUUGCAGGGACGGGAAACUUCUGUUCGCAAGAUCAAAGACGCCCAACGAGUUCUGGUCAGCCCUUUUGGAGAAGGCGUUCGCCAAGCUGUACGGGUGUUACGAAAACCUGGUGGGAGGGCACCUUUCGGAUGCUCUUCAAGAUGUUUCCGGAGGUGUUGCAGAAACUCUUCAUGUCAAGAAAUUCUUGAAAGAUGUGACAUCGAAAUCCUACUUUCUGAAAACUGUUUUAUUAGUUCAGGAUCCCAGUGAUAGUGAGCUGAAACUGUUCAACGACCUGAAAACGGCUUUCGACAAAGGAGCUCUAAUUGUUGCUGCAAUUGCUGCACGGACUAAGGAAGAGAUAGAAGAGUCUCUGGAUUGUGGGCUCGUGAAAGGACAUGCCUAUGCUGUCAGUGCAGUCUACACUAUUGAUAUCAUCAAUCCGACGCAAAAAAGCUUGACGUAACAUUUUUUUCUUCAUUUUUAAGCACACUAUGGUCUUCAGAUCGUACAUCAUGGGCUCAAAGCAGAAACAAAAUCUGAUCCGACUUCAAAAUCCAUGGGGAGAAAAAGAAUGGAACGGUGCGUGGUCGGAUGAUAGUUCUGAAUGGCAGAAUGUGUCGGAUAGUCAGUUGAACGCAAUGGGAGUGCAAAGAGGCAAAUUGGACAAUAAUGACGGCGACUUCUGGAUGCCGUGGGAGUCUUUUGUGCAGUAUUUUACCGAUAUCUCGCUUUGUCAGCUCUUCAACACGAGCGUAUUUUCCUUUUCAAAGCGAUACGACGAACAAAUAAUUUUCUCCGAGUGGACUACGAACGGAAAGAAGAGUGGCGCUCCGGACGACCGCGCCGGAGGAUGUCUAAACUUCCAAGCUACGUUCUGCAACAAUCCCCAGUAUGUCUUCGACAUACCCUCUCCUAACUGCUCCGUCAUGUUUGCCUUGACCCAAAAUGAUCCUAGCGAAGGGCUCAAAAAGCGAGAUCCGUUUGUGACUAUCGGAAUGCACGUGAUGAAAGUGGAGAAUAAUCGUCAGCAUCGUGUUCAUCAGGCUAUGCAUCCGAUUGCCACGUCCGACUACGCUUCUGGAAGAUCCGUUUACUUACACCUGCAGUCACUUACACGUGGCAGAUACCUUCUUGUGCCGACGACAUUCGCACCCAAAGAACAGGCUCUGUUCAUGCUCAGAGUAUAUUCAGAUCAACACAUUCAUUUCACAGCUCUCACGAAGGUUUAGUUCAAUCUUAUCGACAAUUUGAAUUGCCUAGCUUUCAGCACGCCCCGAAGCUGGGGAUGUUAGGAUGUAAAUCUGCUCACAGUGUUACUCGGCUCACACUACACGGAGUCACUUUCAACUCUGCCGCUAGCAGUCAUAAUGUGUACGCAAUAGUGAAAGAUUCGAAGAAGUCUCUGCGAACAAAAUCAUCAGCUGGUGAGAAGUCAGUAAACUGGGAAGAAGAGUUCGUUUUUCACAAGUGAGUGAACUUCAUACAUUUCUCGGUGUGUACAAUUCUUUUUUUCACAGAUCUAAAGACCGUCAGCAAUAUAAGCUAGAGAUUUGGGAGGAUCGUAAAAUGUGUCGGGACCAACUUCUAGCUCAUUCUGUUAUAAUUGCUCUGAUUGACAACGAAAACAGAGACACGACCCUGCAGCUAACGGAUCAGCACGGGAGCUCUGUUGGAUCAGCUUCUAUUACUGUCUCUGCGUUUGACGAUCCCAUGUACCUUUAG